GGGAGGCGCGGUGGGCGCGGGGCGGUGGAUUUCUCUUCCCAGAUAAUCUCUUGGGAAUUUCCUGGGUUGACAGCUCCUGGAUUCCAAUAUUAAACAAUGGGAGCGUGUUGGACUAUUUCUCAGAGCGAAGUAAUCCGUUCUAUGACCGAACAUGUAACAAUGAAGUCGUCAAAAUGCAGCGGAUGACCUUGGACCAUUUAAACCAGAUGGUUGGAGUGGAGUACAUCCUUCUUCAUGCUCAAGAGCCCAUUCUUUUCAUUAUCCGGAAGCAGCAAAGGCAAUCUCCAGCACAAGUUAUUCCAUUGGCUGACUACUAUAUUAUUGCUGGAGUGAUUUAUCAGGCACCUGACUUAGGGUCUGUCAUUAACUCCAGAGUGCUCACUGCGGUACAUGGAAUUCAGUCUGCAUUUGAAGAAGCUAUGUCCUACUGUCGCUAUCACCCAUCCAAGGGCUACUGGUGGCAUUUCAAAGACCAAGAAGAACGAGAGAAAGCUAAACCAAAAGCCAAGAAGAAAGAAGAGCCAAGUUCUAUUUUCCAAAGGCAGCGGGUAGAUGCUUUGCUUUUAGACCUAAGACAAAAGUUUCCACCCAAAUUUGUUCAGCAAAAGCCUGGAGAAAAGCCUAUCCCAGUGGAUCAAAUCAAGAAAGAACCAGAACCAGUCCCUGAAGCUGUCAAGCCAGAGGAGAAAGAGACUGUAAAGAAUGCUCAGCAUAGUGCUGGCACUAAAGGACCACCUGAAAAACGGAUGAGACUCCAGUGAAGGGAGAAGUUGUUACACAUCUGGAUGAGUCGGUACCUGGAAAACAAGAUUCUUGCUCCCCUUUCAUUGUAUAUAAGCUCUUCAGCUGAGACUGACAAUUCAGGGACUGAAGUCUCUGUAACAGCUUUUUCUGUAGAAACCUGUCACACAAGUGUUAAUGUAAAGAUGUGAACUGCCUCAAAAAAAGGACUUUUCAGUCUUCAUGUUAUUUUGAAUGUUCGCUUCUGGGAAUGGUUUUCACAUGGACAUAUUUUGCAGCCUCCUGAAAUCUUUACAAACUCUUGCAUCCCUUGUGUCUUGGUUUCCUAUGUAAAAAGAAAAACUUUUAUAUAAAAAAAAAACCCAACCCUGAAUUCUUGGCAAAUAAAACUCCUGGCUGCUGGAA